AUGAACCUCGCCCUGCAGCAAACAGGACUGAUGUUUCUACGAAGCGCUAUUGAGAGGAUUCUCUCCGAUCGCGACAUCAGGAAAAAGGAGAAUUUGCAGCUGAAAAAAGCCUGUGAAAAUGUUCUUGAGGAACUGAAAGCAGAAAGUGCUUAUGCUCCCGGUGAAAAUAAUAAUGGUGUGGUUCUGCCAGAUAAAGAGCGAAUAGUCGAGGCUGAUCGUUAUUUUCUGCCGUUCGAAUUGGCAUGUAAAUCUAGAAGUCCAAAAAUCGUCAUCACGUCACUUGACUGCUUACAAAAAUUAAUAGCCUAUGGACACCUUACGGGACGUGGUGCGGAUUCAUCGAAUCCUGAGCGCAAGCUCAUUGAUCGUAUUGUGGAAGCCAUUUGUUCUUCGUUCGUGGGGCAAGGCACUGAUGAAGCUGUUUUGUUACAAAUAAUUAAGGCCAUCCUGGCGGUAAUUUUAACAAACAAUUGCGAAGUUCACGAAGGUUCGCUUCUUCUUGCUGUUCGGACAUGCUUCACUAUUUUCCUCGCGACGAAGAGUCCAAUCAAUCAGUCCACAGCAAAGGGAACUCUCACCCAGGUUAUCAACGCUGUGUUCGCCAAUAUGGAGCGCGUUGGCAACACGAAGGACGACACUGUCGUCGUUAGCGAAGUCGUCGAAUUUCUUGUCACAUCGGCGACUUCUCUUGCACUCGAAUCUAGUGAUGAUGGUGAAACUAGGAGUAUCCGAGGUGCAGGUGCUUCAACUAUCUGGGGCGAUACCGAAGCAAAUCCUCCCGAAGAUCACAUCACUUUUCCCAACGUCGAGCAGAAGGAUGCCUUCCUAGUUUUCCGCGCCUUAUGUGUACUUGCGCAAAAGGAAGAAGGCGAUGUCAACGAUCCACGGAAUACUCAUCUGAACUCAAAGAUGCUGGCUUUAGAAAUGUUAUUAUUGGUCCUGCAAAAUUCGUCAACGGUAUUACAAAACGCUCAGCCAUUCGUCCUGUUAAUCAAGAAAUCCCUUUGCGUUGCACUUUCUCGGAACGCUGUUUCUUCAAACGUGAAGGUCUUCUUCAAGGAAAUAAUCAUAUCAAUGCUCGAAUCAUCGUCAUGCUCAUUUGAACACAAAUGGAUUGUGCUCCAUACUAUUGGUAAUGUUUGUUGGUGUUUGAGUGCCUUCAUACUUGCUCCAAACGUGCGUUUUGGGCGAUGCGCCAACUCCGCACCGCCGAUCGUAGGGCCCCUUUCAACUCUUGACUUGUUCCGUACCUUCGCUGUUGAUUUGAGAUUGUUUUCGGAUUGA